UCAGUAGCAGCAGCUUUCAAACCGCCGCGGAGCUUCAGCAGAGCUGUGGUUUCUGCUCACCGACACACAACAGCCUCUCUACGAGCGACAGAACCAGCGGCCAUGGCGCCUCUCUUCCUCUGGGUGCUUCUUCUCUCAGGCGGUCUGCUGUUUGGAGCGAAAGGUGAUCUCUGUCCCGUGAAUGUUUGUGAAAAUGGGGGAACCUGUGUGACCGGUACAGGGACUCCGUUCAUGUGCAUCUGCCCUGAUGGCUUUUCUGGAGACACCUGCAAUGAGACUGAAACAGGGCCAUGUAGCCCCAACCCCUGUGAGAACGAUGGCGUCUGCGAGGUGACUGGUCAGUCCCGCCGAGGCGACGUUUUCACAGAGUAUAUCUGCAAAUGUCAGCCCGGCUUCGAAGGAGUUCACUGUCAGACCAGUGUCCUGGGAGCAAAUUUAAGUUCUGCAAAAGAUGUAAACGACUGUGCUGCCCAGCCGUGUGAGAAUGGCGGCACCUGCAGAGACUUGGAAGGAGACUUUAAAUGCCACUGCCCUUCACCGUAUGUGGGCAAACAGUGCCAGCAGCGCUGCAUUUCUCUCCUGGGAAUGGAGGGAGGGGGCAUCGCAGAGUCCCAGAUCAGAGCCUCGUCGGUGCGCUACACCGUGCUGGGCCUCCAGCGCUGGGGCCCGGAGCUGGCCCGUCUCCACAAUAAGGGACUGGUCAACGCAUGGAGUUCAGCUGCUCAUGACAAGAACCCAUGGAUAGAGAUCAACGUGAAGAGAAAGAUGCGCUUCACAGGCAUCGUGACGCAGGGCGCCAGUCGCAUCGGCACAGCGGAAUUCAUCAAGGCCUUCAAAGUGGCGUCCAGCAUGGAUGGAAAGACGUACACCAUGUACAGGACUGAAGGGCAGAGCAGGGACCAGCUCUUUGUGGGGAACGUGGACAAUGACGGCACUAAGACCAACCUGUUUGACCCUCCAAUCAUUGCGCAGUACAUCCGCAUCAUUCCUGUUUUGUGUCGCAGGGCCUGCACCCUGCGCAUGGAGCUGGUGGGCUGUGAACUCGACGUGUAUUCAAACACUUCAGGUUGUUCGGAGCCCAUGGGCAUGAAGUCCCGACUGCUGUCGGACCGGCAGAUCACAGCUUCCAGCACUUUCCGCACCUGGGGCCUGGAGGCGUUCAAGUGGCUGCCGCACUACGCCCGAUUGGACAAGCAGGGCAAGACCAACGCCUGGAGUCCCGCCACCAACAGCCGCUCUCAAUGGCUGCAGGUGGACCUGUUGUCACCCAAGAAGAUAACGGGGAUCAUCACUCAGGGGGCCAAAGACUUUGGCUCUGUCCAGUUUGUUUCGUCUUUUAAAGUAGCCUACAGCAACGACGGGAGGUCCUGGACUAUCCUGAAGGAUGGAACCACAGGCAAAGACAAGAUCUUUCCUGGUAACAGUGACAACAACGUUCACAAGAGGAACAUGUUUGAGCCAGCCGUCUACAGCCGAUAUGUCCGCGUCCUGCCCUGGGAAUGGCACCAGCGCAUCACCCUGCGAAUGGAGCUUCUGGGCUGUGAUGAGUAGCACAGUACAGAGCCCGCCUCCCCCCCCCUCCUCUCAUUUCUUUCCUCCUGAGCCGUUCCUGCACUGCCUCGCUCUCAGCCCAAGAGGGCAGCAAACGAUAGUGUAGCACACCACCAAAACCCUGGCUGGUCCGAGGUGGAAGUUGUUACCCCUAACCGCUGUGAGCAGGAUCUCCAUUCAGCUAAACUUUCCUUUUCUCUUUUCUUUUCCAUCCAAUCUGAUGUCGUCCACAAGUAGAGCGGCUCCACUCUUCAUCAUUCCCUCCUUCCUGUGUCAGAAGUCAGGGGUAACAAAACUGCUGAUGUAUCCGACGGUGCUGCUAGAAAUACCGUGAACCUCUGAGACCCACAGCUGGUGAUGUAAAUAACCCAGCAUGAAGCAGCCUUUAUGCCCAGACUCCAGUCCAGACAGCAUGUAGCUCGUCUUUCUGGAGCCGUUUCGCUUUUUAUUCUAUUCUACCGAGCAAAGAUAAAAGUCUUAUCAAAAUGUUUGCUGUAACUCUAUUUAGAAAACAGAUUGUAUAUGAAAAAAAGGUUUAUAUUGGGGGGAAAAAAUCAACCAGCGACAAUAAAAACCAUAUUUCGAGGUGUCUGGAGGUUUGCUUUAAGUAUUCUUGACAUUUCUCUGCUGUUAUUGAGACGGUAACCAGGUCAUUUUCCUUUGUUUUAUGAGGAUUAGCAUCCAGACAGUAACUCAGCAUGCAGUAACCACCCUCAGGGAGAGGAAACAUGAAAGGAUAUCAAUAUUGAUUUCUGUUAUUACCUUCUAGUCCCCCUACUUUAGUUUUAUUGGUUCAGGAAAUGAGUUAAAGCUGAAGUUUUGACACAUUGUUUGUUUCUACAUCAUCAGUCCGGCAGUUUGGCUGCUUUCAAGAGACAAAACAGACUCUGGUCCAGAACCUGCAGCAGACAAAGAGAGAAUACAGUAAACUAACGAUGCUCCUGUCCUAUUCUCUCUGACGACCUUCUACACUGUUCAUAAAAUAAAAAACUAGAUUGGAUUGUGUUGUGAUCUCUAAAUGAAGAGAAUCUUCGCUGUUAGAUUUGAUGCAAUUCAUGCAGUUGAAGCAUAUUUAAUUCUUUUUCUCCCUGGUUUUACAGAAUCUUAUCAGAUCCGUUUUACUUCUUUAAUUUCCUGCCAACAAACUGCUUUAAGGAGCCGCGUUAAAGCAGACGGUCAGUGUAGAGGAGGAAGGCUGGAUGUUCUUUCAGGGCUAAGCUGCUUUGCCUCCUCACGUCCCCCUAAAUAUUACCUUUACUCACUCCUUGUUUUUGUGGUUGUGUUCGCUCGGUUUCACUUUUCAUGGCACUUUUUUAUGUUUUAUAUUUGUAUUAUUAAGAAUGGAACAGAAAGGUGUGUACGGAGUGUCUAAAUGUAGACGGUAAACUGGCCCUAGUUCAGAAAGACUGAGGGAAGGCUUUCCAUUGGACGCUGAUAUUUGUUACAUGCAUUGAUAAUAAUCCAGGACCUUUUGGUGUUUUGUUGUGCAGCAGUGGUGGUUGUUCAUGUUUGCUUUAUAAUUCAGCUCCAGGAUUAUUCCAGAAGUUCAAAGCUGCAUCCCUGCUGAGGCCACGUUAAAAUAAACCAAAUUAGAGCAGAUUUUUCCGCCUUCGCUGUUCCUGACGGGACCUCAGUCAUCACCAUCCGCAGCCCCCCACCCCCCCACUGCAUUCAAUCCCUUUUCAUCCCAUGAAUUAUGAAUUUUGGGCUCGUGCAAUAUUAUACAGUGUUGAUUUUCAUAGCAAUGAAUAUAAAUUGAAGGUGUUUAAAAAUGCAUGAGGGGGCGGCGAGCCGCCGGGAUGCUGAUGUCAGACACUGUAUAAUAUUUAUUACAGUCACCUGGUUCAUGUCUGCAUGUGUUUUUAUUGAUGAGGUGAUUUCAUUUAAUCUGCGUUUAGCUCACUGAUCCCUUUAGAGUUUAAUCCCUGUUAGUUUUCUAUGAAGGAUCUUUGUGAAAUAUUCUAACUGUAUUUCUCCCUAAUUAGAGUAGAUUUGAUGUUUUUUAUUCUGUUGUUUACUAAAUGACCUCCUGUUUGACCUUUGUAUAUCCAGAUAAAGUUUAAAUAAAGAAUUUAAA